AUGUAUCAAAUUAUUAUUAUAGCAAUUAUUUUUUCGCGAAGUGAAUCAUUACUACGUCCAUAUUCAUUAAUAUCAAGUACAAGUUGGGCAAAUAAUCCUGAAACUUUCUAUACAGAUUUUUCGGCUUCAUUAACACCUGAUCAACGACCAUCAAUAUUUCAAUAUAGUUAUAAUAAUACUCCCACUUUAUUUAUAUGUUAUACACGUCAAUGCUCGAAUAUCUCGAUUGUUUCUAUGCCUGGACUGUAUUCAGCCCAAUUUGCUCUUGCGGGUGUAUCACCUCGUCGUAUUCAACAAUAUUCUCCUCAUAUUAAUGGUGCUCAAUUUUAUUUGUCGCUAGGUUAUCGAACACCGAAUAAAAAUGUUGAAUUAGUCACAUGUCUACCAUCAGAUUCUAAAUGUAAUCAGCCAUUGAUUCAAAACACAGUAAAUAGUCCAGGAUUCGGUCAAGCAGGAUUGCGUUUAACAUUUACUCGAGAAGGUUUACCUAUUUUAAUCAUACCACAAGCUAGUUAUGCAUCUGUAGAUAAUCGUGUCACUGGUUAUACAGUUCAAAUAUGUCAAGAUCCAUCAUGCCAACAAGGUUUAGCUUAUUCGAGUGUUUCUUUACCAUUUAAUCUCACAGGAAAAGCUUAUUGUGAAGGAACAAGUGUUGAUGUUGCACUCAAUCGUUUUGGUUUUUCAACUUGGUUAACUUUGUGUGGACCUGAAUUGAAUCUAAUACAUUGCUUAACUCAAUCCUGCAAUCAAACAUCAGUAGCUUCAUUUAGUGUUAAUCAAAAUUAUGUUUAUUUCGUUUAUUUAGCUGUUGAUUCUCAGUUUCGAUUUUCUAUAUCGACUAAUGGACAAACGUCACAAUCAGAUAUAACUCAUAUUCGAUGUCUUGAUCCUGAUUGUACGAAAUCUAUUCAAUCUCAAUAUGUAAUACCGUCGAGAAUGACGCAAAGGCAAAAAUUAUAUGGUGUUCAAGUUCAGCACGUUAUUGAUCCAAAAACAGAUUUACCUGUUUUUCAUUUCAUUGGUGCAGAAUAUCCAUCGAAUAAACCUCUAUAUAUGUUUAUUGCAUGUGGAAAUAUUGAAUGCACAGAUAUGACAAAUAUUGUAGAUUAUGGUACUCAGCUUGAAGUGAAUCAGCUUCGAGUUGCUGAUGUUUUUGUUGAUGAUCAAGGAACGAUUAUUGCAAGUUCAAGAGUUAAUUAUAUAAAAACAAAUCAAACAAUGAAUCUAAUUGUCAGAAUAGCUCGGAUGAAUGAAACAAAAUUCAAAGAAUUAGCCAUUGUUCAACCUUCAUUUUGA